AAAAGCAAAAUGACGUCAGCAUGUCAUCAGUUCAUGAAAUUUAAUACCAGACUGUGCAGAAGCUGUGUACGACAUUAUGGAAUUUUUUCAAAAAACACAGGCUCUGAGAAAAAAAAUGAAGAACAGGAACAGUCAGUGCCAUGGGGAUCUCCUGAAGUGAAUGAAAAAUUUGUUGAAGAAUUCACAAAAAAACAGAACUUGCCGAAUCCUGUCCGGAAUACUGAAAAAGAAUACUUUGACUCUCUAAAAAACCCAGAUAGACUUGAGAAAGGGCUUUUGGAUGGCAAGUUCUUUACUAAAAAAUUCGGUAUUUCUAAAGAUCUGUUAGCAUGGCUAAGCUGGGAUAUCAACCUUAAUAAUUUUGAUGAGAUAAGACUUCACAGUAUGAUAUGGUAUCUGAAGACAUUGAGAAAGGAACAAAAGCUCCAAGCAAACAGAGUUGAGGCUUUGGGUUAUGACCUCAGUGCUGCACAUUUUGUAGUUUCUCAAGGUGGUGCUGUCAAGUUUCUUGGGAGAGAAGCUUGGUAUGUCAGAAACAAACAAGGGAAAAGUACUUUGCCUAACAUAUCAGUUAAAGGCCUAUACAUCGAAGCUAUUGAUUUCCACAACGUUGCAAUCACACAAGAGGCAUUUGAAAACUUAGAUAAAUUAUCACAGAUCCGUUACAUGAAAUUUGACAAUUGUCAGUUCUUUGAUGACUGGUGCUUGGCACGUUUGUAUUGUCUCAGUGAAACUUUAGAGUUCCUAGAUAUUCGCAAUUGUUCUGAAGUCACAGAUCGUGGCCUAAGCUGUUUACAUAGUCUUAAAAACCUCCAGUGUUUGAAAUUAAGCAACCUUAAAAAGGUGCAACACAUUGGACUAAUAACUCUUCUACUGGAAGAAGCUUUACCAAACUUAACUGUGUUAGGUGUCAGUGAAGAAGAUUUGAAACCACCUGAGAGCAAGUACAGAGGGGAGCGGAAACUUGUUCAAGCUUUGUUAGGAUAUUUUGAAGACUCUGAAAAAAAUAAAGAUGGCAUAUCACAAGUGCAGGUUUAACUAAAGGAAUGACUUGUGCUCACAAUUUGGCUAUUUUUGCAGAAAGGCCUAUAUUUGUUCAUUACAAAAGUAUGGCUCUAUAGUAAUACUAAUAGGAUGGAGUUUUUUUAUGCUUUGUUACAUGCUGGAACUAUAUAAUAUAUCAUGAUUAAUUAUUAAAUACCUUCAGCAUUUUGACUGUGAUUAUUGUUUGGAUUUAUUAACAUAAAAAUACUAAUUAUAAACAAAAGAGAUCACCUCACUAUUACUAUACAGCAUAAUAGUAAUAGAACAAAGCCACCUUCAAGAAUGGCCAAAGUGGAAAAUAUUUCUGAUUACAGUACUAGGUAUAAUUUGUAAUUAUAGCACUUAAACAUCUCAAAACGAAAAUCUGGAAUGAAUGCAGUUCCUUCAAAUGUGACAGUUUUUCAAUGAAACAAAAUGUAAUUACCUCUAAACACAUGAAUGGUUCAAUAGUAUCCUCACUCUCUACAUGGACCUAAAAUGUGUUUUUGUUAAUUUCAUAUCCCAAGUAGCCUAACAGUUU